AUGGAGCAGCCAAUGGACGACCUUGAGCGCCGCUUUGGCCGCCUCGGCCAAGCGCAUGAUCGCCUCGACUUGCCUCAGUGGAUGGCGUCGCAGGCACCCGCGGCCAAUCCCGCUGUGCCGCAAGGUGUGGCGCCCGCCAAUUUUUUUGAUCCGGGCACGCCCGAGCGGUACGAUUUGCAGACAAACAACCUGCGCACGCUUUCCGAGCUAGGUGCGGGCAACGGCGGCAGUGUAUCCAAGGUCGAGCAUAUACCUACAGGUGUGCUGAUGGCAAAAAAGGUAGUGUUUAUUGAUGCCAAGCCGGAAGUGCGCAAGCAGAUUUUGCGUGAGCUUCAAAUCCUGCACGAGUGCAAGUCCAAGUACAUAGUUGGGUUCUACGGCGCAUGCUUGAGCGAUAUUCACAUCUACAUGUGCAUGGAGUACAUGGAUGUGGGUUCCCUGGACCGUAUAUACCAGCGGCACGGCGCGAUCGACGUGGACGUAUGUGGAAAAAUUGUCGUCACGGUCGUGCAUGGCCUCAGCUACCUGUACGAGGUCCAUCGGAUUAUCCACCGCGACGUCAAGCCAAGCAACAUCCUUGUGAACCGGCGCGGAGAGAUGAAACUGUGCGACUUUGGUGUGUCGGGCGAGCUGACCAAUUCCAUUGCAAAUACGUUUGUCGGAACCAGCACGUACAUGAGCCCUGAGCGGAUUCAGGGCGACCAGUACUCGAUCAAGUCCGACGUGUGGUCCCUCGGCGUUACCAUGGUCGAGCUUGCCCACGGCUGUUUUCCGUUUGCGACGGAUACCGACGAGGCUGCUGUACAGAGUAGCGACGCUGCAGACUCGUACAAAUGCCAAAAAGGCCAGCCAAUGAGCAUUUUGGAGCUGCUGCAGCACAUUGUAUACGAGCAGCCCCCACAGCUGAGCGUCGACAUGCAUUUUCCUGAGGCCAUGGCCGACUUUGUGAACCAAUGCCUUUGCAAGGAUCCUACUCUACGACCCACACCUAUGCAACUGAUGAACCAUGACUAUGUGCGGCAGUCUAAGCGCAGCUUUGUGGACAUGGCGGGAUGGCUGAAACGCCUGGGCUAUUGA